GGUGAGAUGGCUGUGGCGAGAGCAGAAGGAGCGCCGGGGGGCCCGGAUACGGCGGGGGCCCGUUGAGGAGCCGAGGACUGAGCCCCGCUCUCCCUCCUCCGGCGUUCACGGACGCGCGGUUUUGCAAUGAAGGUGAAAUUGAAGAACGUUUUUGUCAUCUAUUUCCUGGUUUCAGUGAUCGGUCUAAUGUAUGCGCUUCUGCAGCUGGGACAGCCCUGCGACUGCACCCUGCACCUGAAGUCAGCCAGUGACCUCCUGCAUGCCAAGGAGAAGAAGCUCUCCCAGCUGCACAGUGAGCUGAAGCGGCUGCAGGGGCGAGAGAAGGCGCUGGAGCCCGCAGAACAAGAGCUGUCGGUCAUCUAUGCCAUCACACCCACCUAUGCUAGGCUUGUCCAGAAGGCCGAGCUGGUGCGCCUUUCCCAGACCCUCCUGCAUGUGAAGAACUUGCACUGGAUUGUAGUUGAGGAUUCGCCGGUGAAGACCCAGCUGGUCUCCGAACUGCUGGCCCAGAGCCGCCUGCGCUUCACGCACCUCCACGCGGAGACUCCCAAGGAGCACAAGCGGAAGGAGAGCGACCCCAAUUGGCUGAAGCCUCGUGGGGUAGAGCAGCGGAACCUGGCGCUGCAGUGGCUGCGGGAGAACCGCCAGCUCGGGGACAAGGGAACCGUGUAUUUUGCAGACGACGACAACACCUACAGCCUCCGGCUCUUCGACGAAAUCCGCUCCACCAAACGCGUCUCGGUGUGGCCCGUUGGCCUGGUGGGCGGCCUCCGCUUCGAGCGCCCCCUGGUGGAGAACGGCAGAGUCGUGGGCUUCUACACCGCCUGGAAGCCCAGCCGGCCCUUCCCCAUGGACAUGGCCGGCUUCGCCGUGUCCCUCCCGCUGCUCCUGGCCAACCGGGAGGCUCGCUUCGACUUGCAGGCCGAGCGCGGCUACCUGGAGAGCAGCCUGCUGCAGUCGCUGGUGUCGAUUGAGGAGCUGGAGCCCAAAGCGGACAACUGCACCAAGGUGCUCGUGUGGCACACCCGGACAGAGAAGCCCAAGAUGAAGCAAGAAGAGCUGCUGCAGAAGCAAGGCCUGGGCUCCGACCCCAGCAUCGAGGUGUGACUGGGGGACCCCACGCUGGUGAAGUUGGCAGGAUUUCCCUGGGACCUGGGGAAGAGCUGGGGUGAGCAGCCGGAGAGGAAGAGGCGCAGCUGCCGGCCCUGUCCCUUGGCCCUCAUCCACGGACCUGGCACCCUGGGACCUUUUUUAUUUAUUAAGGAAGAGCUCGACGUCUGUGCCCCUUCCCAGGUGGGGUGGAGGGGACACGCCCUGCCUCCAACGAGAAGAGUCUUUUCCUAAGUGCUGCUACACGCGCGCCGGGAAGGUGCCUCCGUUUCAGUGCUGCUGUUCCCCUCUUUAAAUUCCCCCUUCCUUGAAUGCUGCUUCUAGGGGAGAGCCGCCCAGCCGGCUUUGGCCCUGCCCUGCCCUGCCCUGCCCUCCCCGUUCCCUGCACCCUCCGUGCUUUGCUGGAUCUGAUUCCUGCAAUACAGUUUACCGGGCCGGGGAGACCGAGGCUCUCAAGAAAACCCACAAACCUCACGCCUUACCCCCUCAGUUUUAGCCAGGUCACCCCCCUCUCCAUAGCCUUCCACAAACAGAAACUAAAAUGGGUGGGAGAGGGCUUCCAAAAGUCUCAGAUUCCAGACCCGAGUGGUCAUCUAAGGGAGAAGCAAAGGUGCCUGUAUGUAUUUGCAGGCUAGGCGGAUUUCGGGGGGCUGCGUUGGAGGUGGCGAUGGCCCCCCGUCCCUUUGCCAACCCCAGUCCUUGCACCGUCUCCUCUCAGCCCUUCCCAAGCUGCGGGCCCGGACUUGGGGAGGGGCCGGUUCCUGUCCCCAUGAGCCGCCAAGUUCUUUGUGUCCCAUGUGCCCCAGCUGCAUGUGCUGGAGGCUCGCUCAGCAGCAUGCAUGCUCAGUGGUCAAUAAAGCGCAUCGAUGCCCACUGCUUCUGGAAGGGCCUUCCGUGCCUCAGUCUGUCUCCGCCAAGGGGGAUUGCUGACCGCCCCUUCUUGGGCUGCUGCCCCGUGGCAGGAGGAACGGGCUUCUUCAGUGUUCAGUGCAGGGGGCUGCAUCCCGGUGGCAGCAUGGUCGAAGAACCGGCAUCUUUAUUCAUUGCAUCCAGCUUUUUUCUGAUGGACUCAAAGUGGCUCGCAUCUUUCUCCUCCUCCUGCUCUCAAUCUUCUCCCCGCAGCAACAACCCUGUGAGGAAGGCUGGGCUGAGAGUCUGGGACUGGUCCAAAGUCACCCUGUUGGCUCCAUGGCUGAGCGGGGACUCGAGCCCAGAUCUCCUGAGUCCCAGUCCUACACUCAUAACCACUCAAUCUAUUAACUGCCAGUAACAAAGCCUUGGGAGAGGAAUUUUACUCUUUCUCCGGGGAGAAUAAGUCACAAAGGCCCAGGGAAAAUAGUAAUGACUCCCCUGGGCAAUAUCAGUGGGGCUACUUUUCUGCUCCCCUGCCCUGUGUAUUCUCCCACUUACAGCAUGAGGCUGUUUCUACUUUGUAGUUUAAACCAAAACAUUAAAACCCUGCAUUUAGGGAAGCCAAA